AUGCCUCUUGUCACACCAGCAAGUUCUUCUACAACAGAAACAACAAAUUAUUCUAGGUUAUGCCGCGUGCUUGUCGAUUUGGGCACUUGUGCCCUCAGGGAUUGCUUCGAUUCUAUCUGCACACCGCCAACUCUUCACACAGUCUUGGCAGCUAAUCAGCCCAUCUUGCAAAAUUUGAGAUCACGAAGGAUCAUCAAUGCAACCCAAUGGGGAAAACUCUUUCCUGCCAUCCCUACUUCAGUCUCAUCAAAGAAUUUUGACAUCACUUUAUUGAUGACUUUGCUGCGCAAUAUAUGCGGUCUAGCUCCCCCAAUGACAGGAUGGGAUGUGCUCCCUGCGGUCACUGACACGAGCUGUGAAGCAGACAUCGCACGAGUCAAAUACUUCAGAAACGUGGUGUAUGCUCAUGCUGAACACGCUUCCGUUGAUGAUUCAGAAUUUCAGACACUGGAAAGAUAUCCGGGAUACUCUGGUGCGGCUAGGAGGAGUUAA